CGGUCACGUGCGGUCAGAUACUCGAAGUGGAGUUCCACGAAAACAGCUUUGAGCUUGCGUCGUGUGCAAAGAGCGAAAAGGAGUUGUUGUUUGGUGGAAAAAGCUUGGACAAAACCCUCUGCAAUGACGCAUAUUACGCAUAUUGUCGCCCUUUAUUUGUCUGUUGUUGCUGGAAUAUGUUCAUGUGACCCCACUUCUUCCAUACAUUCCUCUGCUUCUAGCUCAAUCCAAACAGCAAUCAAAACAAUAUCUGUUAAGCCAUCAACACUUUCAACUGCCUUUCAAAGUUCCACAAUAUAUCCAUCCUCCCUUGCCAGUUCCCCAACACCAACUCUCAUCCCCUCUUCUUCAAUACAUUCAUCUGCUUCCAGCUCAAUUCAAAAAUCUGUCUCCAUUCUGUCCAUGUCAAUAAAUGCCACUUCAUACAGCCCAACAGCCACAGCUAGCAUGUUUUCACUGUUCAGUGCCUCUUCCAUUUCACCAUCAGCAUCUGUAAACAUGUCAACAAUGUUCAGCAAUGCAUCAUCAAUCUUCCCCACUGCAACAGCAUCAAUGUCUUCCAUCGCUUUCAAUGCCAGCUCUUUUUCUGCAUCCUCUGUUCCCCCUACCAUUAGCCCAUCCAUGACCAGCACUGCCAUCCCUAGUCCAACCCCAGCCCCCACCACCAUGCCCCCUACCACUGCCCCACCCCAGCCUAAAGGCAAGUUUAGUGUGACAAGUAAUGGAACAGAGUGCUUACUGCUUUGGAUGAGUCUUAGGAUUGGUGUCACAUACAAAAACAACUCAGGGCAAAUGGUUUCAACCGUAAUUCAGAUGCCAGAGGACGCAGAAGUUAUGGGUUCUUGUGGUGACGAAAGCUCAUUUAUUGAAAUCCUUUGGCCAAAAAAGAAGCCUUUUUAUGAGGUUGCUUUUUGGUUCACGACAAACUCAAAGUUGACUGGGGGAGAAAGUGCGUGGAAUGCUGAGAAUAUCACUAUUUCAGUCACCACUACCAAUAAUACACAGUUCAUCGCAGCCAAUGUAUCUGUCUUGGAGAAGUCAGUGGAUGGCAGUGCUCUCGAAUAUCUUGGUGGCAAGCUUGGACACUCCCUCAACUGCUCACAGGCCCAAAAUGUCAAGUUUGGUGACACAUUCUCUGUGGAAUUCAGUAAUGUCAGGGCACAGCCUUUUGAGGUCAAGAAAGGCUUCAGUUCAAAAGUUGAUGUCUGUUUUGCCAACCCUACGGUGCCUCCUUCUGUCAAUCCAAAACCACAAAAGAAAAAAACAAACAAGAAUGUGGUUGCCAUUGCUGUUGGCUGCUCACUAGGAGGGCUUCUACUGAUUGUACUCGUCGGAUACGUGAUUGGCCGUCGACGCAGGAACAAAAAUGGCCCUGCCUAUCGCAAGCUGUAGACCCAUGUGCUUGUAAGACGUUGUGGUUUGGUUUAUAACCUCUUAAAUGAUUAGGUAAAUUCCAGUACAAGAAAGGUAGAACUUUGUAGCAUUUUUAGUUUUUUUUUUUUUUUUUUUUAAACCGUACAGUUAUAGAGUGAAAUUAAUGCUUGUAUAAAGCCAAAGCUUUAAAAAAGCUAAUAACUUUUAAUACCCAGCAACUGAUGGGCUUGGCACUAAGUACCUUGUUGCUAGGUAGGGAGUGCCCCAGUAGAUAGCAUGCGUGGGGUUACCAUGGCAAUGGAGCCACGCCCACCACCCAGUUUCUGUCACACUGAUAAAUACUCAGUGAUGUACUUAUCCCUUGAGAUUCCUACCAUAAGGAGAGGAUCAUGAGCGAAUGGUACUGAUAAUGCAAUGCAAGAGUAUCUGUGACCAGACUUAUGCUACGGAUCGUGGUAUUGCGGCACUCCUGACUUUCCGCAGUUUUCACACUGUCUACUAGUCCUCCCUUUCCCUUAGUCCUAGAGGGCAUUUAGAGUGAGGAGGGGUCUGCAGUAAAUGCUGAGAGGCGUGGCAACUGGCGUGGUAAAUGCUCAGUGGUUCAGGACUUUAAGUUUGAGAAAGUUUUAAUCUAUAUAUAAUAGAUUUGAGUAGGGUCUUUGGCAAAAUAAACAAAACUAAACGGC